UCCAAGUUGGCUGCACAUGUGGGCUUCCCCGCCUUGACAACCAACACCAACCCGGGCAUCAAGUUCCAGUAGCAGCUCAGAUGUUGCGGGCUUGUGCCGUACGGAUAACUCUUUCCAGUCCAAAAAUACAGAGAAUACCGAGUCGCCCUUUUUCAUAUUCAAGCAUGGCUCAACAAAAAAGUCAGAUCAUAUAUGCCCCUUCGGACCAACAGCCUCAAGGCUUGAAAUCCGUCUUCCUUGCAGGCACCACAAGCAAAGUCGACGCCACGGACUGGAGAGUAACACUGUCUGCCCUCCUUGUAGAGCACCCCAUCACGAUAUACAACCCGUACCGGCCGGACUGGGACAGCACGUGGCGCGAGGACAUCAACUUCGCCCCUUACCGUCAGCAGGUCGAGUGGGAGCUGGAGAAGCAGGAGCAGGCCGACACGGUGGUCGUGUACUUCCACCCGGCGACGCAGGCGCCCAUCAGCCUGCUUGAGCUCGGGCUGUGCGCUCGCCAGCCUGGCAAGGCUGUCGUCUUCUGCCCUGAGGGUUACUGGAAGCGGGGCAACGUGCAGAUAGUGUGUCAGAAUUUCGGCAUCAAGAUGGUGGACAGCAUCGAGGAACUGAGGGAUGCUAUUGUGAAGAAGCUACCUUCUGAGCCGGGUCAGGGUGUCCUCUGAGCUGGCCUGGCCACCGGGCCGCGUCAUGGAGAUCACGGAAGUAUUCUUCUCGUGUUACAGGUGGCAGCGAGAUAUUGGCACGCACGGCAGCAUACAAAGCAAGAGUGGGGCGAACAAAAACGCCGUUGUCGCGCCACUCCGAAUUUACUGCUUCCAAGGUUUCCUCAGGUGACCCCGUGAUAUUACGCAUUCCCAUACAUUUCACGCAACCUGGAAGCAGGGUAGCCCUCAAUGUUAUCAAAGGCCAUUAGUUCAGUGUGAA